AUGGCCGACGAUGGGAUGCUUCUGAAUUUCUCCAUUGGGGACAGUGUCAUCAAGCCGGAGGCCAAAUACAAGGGAGGAACAUGGCGGGACCGUCUCUCCGCGAAAAAGCGCUCUCAGCAUAAACCUCGACCUGACGGCGAAGGCAACAAACGCCCCAACCAGCCCAAAAACCCGAACCAAAUCCAGAUUCCGAGCUCGCGGCCGACCAAACGACAAAAGACCGACUCAAGUGAGUACAAGGGCGGAGACGCCGGCCAACGAUCCCGAUCGCAACCGCAGGCUGCGCGCCGACACCCAGGUCAAUUUGCCUCAUCGCUCUUCACCAGCAACCCCGAGUCGACAUAUGUGGAGGAGGAAAAGUCCGAAGAACCCAUCGAGGAGGCGAAGCCGACCAACGCGCCGCUGAUUGAUGGCAUCGACACUUUUACAAACUUGGGUUUAUCGCCGAACCUGGCUGCGCAUCUUCUCACUAAGCUUGAAUUGAAGGCGCCGACUGCGAUUCAAAAGGCCUCGAUCACACAGCUGCUGAAGGAGGAGAGUGAUGCGUUCAUCCAAGCUGAGACAGGUUCAGGUAAAACUCUGGCCUAUCUACUCCCGCUGGUGCAGCGAAUCAUGGCUCUCUCGAAGGCUACAAAAGAGGAGGGCGUUCACCGCGACAGUGGUCUGUUUGCUAUUGUUCUAGCUCCGACUCGUGAGUUGUGUAAGCAGAUUUCGGUCGUGUUGGAAAAUCUUCUCCGAUGCGCGAACUGGAUUGUUGGUGGAACGGUUAUUGGUGGUGAAAAGAAAAAGUCUGAAAAGGCCCGCUUGAGGAAAGGUCUGAACAUCCUCGUCGCUACACCCGGUCGCUUGGUAGACCACCUGGAUAACACACAAGUGCUGGAUGUCAGCAACGUGCGAUGGCUGAUUCUGGAUGAGGGUGAUCGUCUGAUGGACAUGGGUUUCGAGGAAGAAUUGCAGGGUAUUGUCAAAAAGUUGGACGCGAGACAGCGGCCCAGUCGCAUUCCCGGCGUGCCUACUCGUAGGACCACUGUCUUGUGUUCUGCUACGCUCAAGAUGAAUGUGCAACGACUUGGAGAGAUCAGUUUGAAGGAUGCAGUCCACAUCAAGGCUGAUCCCGCUGACGAAGAUGAUGAAAACCGCGGUCGAAAGGACGAUGAAGAUUCAUUCCGUGUACCUGCUCAGCUGAAGCAGUCAUAUGCGGUUGUCGCAGCCAAGUUGCGUCUGGUCUCACUGACUGCAUUCCUCAAACGGACCUUCAUUCGUAAGGGCUCUGUGAUGAAAGCCAUUGUCUUCGUCUCCUGUGCCGACUCGGUUGAUUUCCUGUUUGAAGUGUUCUCGCGAGAAUAUGGCAAGCGAAAGGGGAAUAAAAGAGACAGUGACAGCGACAGUGAAGACCAUGAAGAAAACGAAGAAGAAAAGACCCAGAGUGAACGCGAGAAGAUGUCUCCCCACGGCACCAUUGCGCCUGCUACAGCAUUUUCCUCUCCGUCAAAUUCCGUCACCCUCCAUCGCCUUCACGGUUCGCUCCCCCAGCAUGUACGAACUGCUACUCUAAACUCCUUCUCUCGCAGCGGCGACCCCUCAGUUCUUGUUUGCACUGAUGUCGCUGCGCGUGGUCUCGAUUUGCCUAACGUCGAUCUUGUCAUUGAAUACGACCCAGCCUUCAGCGCAGACGAUCAUACCCAUCGUAUCGGUCGUACCGCGCGUCUUGGCCGUGAUGGUCGCGCUCUGGUCUUCCUCCAGCCUGGAUGCGAGGAGAACUACGUCGAAGUCUUGAAGCGUGGAUAUCGUGACGGUGGCAAGGCACUCACCCGUACCGAUGCCAACGAAAUUCUAAAGCGUGGUUUCGGUAGUAAUGUGGAUUCGGACAGCAAGAAUUGGCAGGAGAAGACCACAGAUUGGCAGAUGGACGUGGAGCGUUGGGCACUGGAUAACCCCCAAUAUCUGGAGAUGGCGCGCCGUGCAUUCCAGUCUCACAUCCGUGCCUACGCAACUCACAUUGCUGCUGAGCGCAGCAUGUUCAACAUCAAAGACCUUCAUUUGGGCCACCUUGCCAAAAGUUUCGCUCUGCGUGAUCGACCAGGCAAAAUCAAUGUUCCCGGUCUGCGCCCCGGCAAGGAAGACACGAAGAAGGAUUUCAAGGCCUCGCGGGGUGGUGCUGGUCAGAAGAGGAAGGCUGGUGGUGCUGAUGAUAACGCUCCGGCUCCUUCUAACACUGACGAUGCGGCACGCAGGAUGCGCGCGAAGCUGCGCGAGCAAAUGGCCGGAGCCAGCGAGUUCAAUCUUGCUUAA